CCACUAACUUGUUUCUUUCUUUCUUUUUUUUCUUUAUUUCCCCACUUAAAGUUAAAGGUUUAAAAUAAAAGAAAGAGAGAUGAAAUAGAAGAUUAUAAAAAGAGUGAAGUGCUUCAUUCAAAGGUGCCUUUGAUGGAUGCAUUGCUGGAAUUUCAGCAAUGGCCGUUACUGUUCAUCUCCCUUCUGAUUUUUCCCUCUACUUUUCUUUUUCUCAAAUACCAAAAGUGGUUCAACGGUUGUGGCUUGUGGGAAGUUAUUGGGUGAGUUGAGAAAGCAUGGGAAAUGGAAAUAGGCAGGGGAGGAGGAAGAAGAGGAGGAGUUUGAAAAACAUGAUGCAGUGCCUGUGCUCAGGGGAGCAGUUGAGACGAGAAGGAGGCAUGGAUGAGAUGGCAGUUCCUUCGUCAUCGGAUUCUCUUGCCACUAAGGACUAUUAUUCGGCCACGACUGGCAGCGGCCGUUCUGGACAGGAUGGACAACUUCAAAGGAGGCUGGAUGCAGGAAAUAUCGAAGAAGCUGAAUCGUCGUUGCGUGAGGCCGGCUGCUUGAAUUAUGAGGAAGCUAGAGCUCUGUUAGGAAGAUAUGAAUAUCAGAAAGGGAAUAUAGAAGCUGCUUUACAUGUUUUUGAGGGAAUAAAUAUAGACUCUGUGACUCCAGAGAUAAAAAUUUCUCUUGCCAAAAUAAAAGAGAACCAUAGGAGACAUUCCAAGAAUUAUGUUCCGCCGCCAAUGUCUGUACAUACUGUUGGCACACUGUUUGAAGCAGUUUUCCUUAAAGCACAAUGUUUGCAGGCUCUGGGAAGGUUUAAAGAAGCUGCCCAAUCUUGCAAAGUUAUUCUGGACAUAGUUGACUCUUUGUUGCCUGAAGGCUCGUGUAAAAACUUUGGUGCUGAAUGUAAAUUGCAGGACACUGUAACUAAGGCAGUUGAGCUACUUCCAGAAUUAUGGAAACUUGCUGAUUGUCCACAUGAAGUUAUCAUGGCUUACCGACAGGCUCUCCUACGUCGGUGGAACCUUUCCUCCGAGACCAUAGCAAAGAUUCAGAAAGAAUUUGCUGCUUUUCUUCUUUAUAGCGGAGCGGAAGUAAUCCCCCCAGAUCUCCGUUCACAAAAGGAAAACUCAUUUGUGCCCAGAAACAACAUAGAAGAGGCUAUACUAAUUUUAAUUAUUUUGCUAAGAAAAGUCUCUUUGAAUGAAAUUGAGUGGGAUCCUUCAAUUUUGGACCACCUUUCAUUUGCUCUGUCGGUUUCAGGGGAUUUGACAGCUUUAGCCAAUCAAUGGGAAGAAUUGCUUCCUGGGACUAUUAAUCGAGGAGAAAGAUAUUAUGCCCUUGCUCUUUGUUAUUAUGGUGCUGGUCAAGACCUGGUAGCAUUGAAUCUUCUUAAAAAAUUAUUAAGUAGCAACGAAGAUCCAAAACAUGUUCCAGCUUUGUUGAUGGCUUCUAACAUUUGUUGCAAGAACCCCAAUCUUGCAGAAGAUGGGGUCAACUAUGCUCGCCGAAUGCUAGAGAACUUGAAUGGCAGAUGUGACCAGUUGGAAAGUCGUGCAAAUUGCUUACUUGGUAUUUCACUUUCAGCACACUCAAAAAUAGCUGUUUCUGAUUCCGAGCGGAUUCGGAGACAGUCCAAGGCACUUCAGUUUCUGGAAACUGCAAGGAGAAUGACUAGAAUGAGAGACCCGUUUAUAUUGUACUAUCUUAGUUUAGAAUAUGCAGAUCAAAGGGAGUUGGAUUCUGCACUUCAUUAUGCUGAGUGCUUUCUGGAACUGGAAGCUAGGGCUAGUAUUAAAGGGUGGUUGUUGUUAGCCCGGAUAUUAUCAGCACAAAAACGGUUUUUGGAUGCUGAAUCUGUUGUUAAUGCUGCUUUGGAUCAGACUGCAAAAUGGGAUCAAGGAGAACUGUUGCGAACAAAAGCUAAACUGCAAAUUGCACAGGGCCAGUUAAGGAGUGCCUUUGAGACAUAUGUUCAGCUUCUUUCUAUUCUUCAUAUUCAACGGAAAACUUUUGGUCAAUGGAAGAAGCUGUGUAAGGAUUCUAGAGAUCAUGCUUGGAACUUGGAAUUGGAAUUAUGGCAUGAUCUUGCUUAUGUCUAUAUAUCUCUGUCGUGUUGGCAUGAUGCAGAGAUGUGUCUUUCUAGAUCUAAAGCCAUAAAACCAUACACUGCAUCAAGGUUGCAUGCACUGGGUACAAUGCACGAGGCAAAGGGUCUUUACAAGGAGGCUCUAAAAGCAUUUCGAGAUGCUUUGGAUAUCGAUCCGGGACAUGUCCCUAGCUUGAUAUCCUCUGCUGUGGUUCUUAGACAGUUCAAUGGUCAGUCAAAUGCUGCCAUCAGAAGCUUUCUGAUGGACGCACUACGGCAUGACAGGAUGAACGCUUCUGCAUGGUACAAUCUUGGCAUUCUUCACAAGGCCGAAAAUAAAAUAUCAGAAGCUGCAGAAUGUUUUGAGGCAGCAAACUCCCUAGAAGAAUCAGCACCAGUUGAACCAUUCAGAUGACAGGGUCUCCAAGCACUUCUUACCCUAUCACCUUUGAAUUUUAGUGUAACCUUCACUCUUAACAUCCAAAUUAUUUAUUUGUUAUCAUUUGAUUAGUCCUUGUCCUGUCCAUAGCUCAUGAAUUUGUGUUGAAAUAUUAAAUAAAACUUGUUUGUAAAUAGACCUUAAUAGAGUCAUUGACAUAAAGCAUGAAAAGUAUUGCCCCUUUUCACUC